CCUCAAUCAACGACAUUAUUUUUUGUGUCUAUCUCAACUCGAGAUUACAAGGCUCGGAUGUCUUAUUGUUCUGUCUACCAUGGGUUUCGCUCGAGUUCCUGCGGAGCUUCAGAUGGAAAUAUUCGGAUUCCUCGAUCGUCCAGGUAUCAAAUCUUGCAGAGGUGUCUGCAGAUCAUUUCGCGACAACGCAUCACCAUGUCUGUUUGGAAGAGUCCUUGCAUGCCCUCGAUAUCAAGCGCUCGGGGCACUACAGAAGAUCUCGUUGCAUUCCGUUUAUCCAAGAUAUGUCAAGGAGAUAGUCUACGAUGGCUCGGUCUACGAUUCGUGUCUUGCUACUAACGAAAACCGCUAUCAUCAAUCCGCCGAGGAGGAGCCUGAAAUUCGCCAGGGCUUCCCCUGGGAGAAGCGCCGUCGGUUCAAGCGCUACCAAAAUCUAUAUCAAGACCAAGAGGAUAUGCGCACUGGGGGCGUGCUCCUUCAGACUAUAGCGCGAGCGCUUGAGUGGAUGCCGAAUGUCACCUCCGUGGUUUAUUCUCCCGGUCCACAUACAGUUCCUGUGGAGGCUAGGCUUAUGAAGGACCUCCUCCCUCGUGGUGUGUCCGACACCUCAAUGUUUCAAGGCGACUCUUUGAGUUCGUAUAUUGAGAGAGCUCAGCAUGGUAUCCAUCAUCUCAUUGGCGCGAUUUAUGCCUCUCAGUACCCCGGAAUUCGCUCGUUCCGUGUGGAAGCAGCGGAACGUGGCAAGCGAAAUGUUGGAACUGAAUUCACGCACUAUGUCUUCAAUUUCCCAAGCUCCAACCACUUGGAUGCUGGCAAAUUCUUCUUUCGUCAUCUACAUAAGGUGGUGAUGAAUCUCUCCCUCUUAAUACCACAGAGAAUAGCGCGGGAUCCAACCGACCAGAUGGAAGAAGCGAUGAUUCAUACCCUCGCGGCCUUGCUGGUGGAGGCUAAAGAACUAACAGAAUUGUCUUUUCGCCUUUGCCAUUGGCGCAAAGAUGCCAAUCAGAUGUUCGGACAUGUCAUUUUUGACGAGGAAUUAUUAUUUCCUAGCCUUGGCCUCAGGCACACCUGGCCGAGAUUGCGCAAGCUUAGUCUUGGUGGCAUAUAUGCAUCAGGAAAAGAAAUGACCCACUUGAUUAUUCGUCACAAGACAACGCUUAACAUGCUCCAGUUCGAUCACUGCAGUCUGAUCUCGGGAGCAUGGGCCGACAUCGUCGAUGAAGUCGUCUUCAACACAAACAUCAUAGCAUUUUCGCUUCAUCUUGUCAACGAGACAGACAUUGGUGAUACGCGUUUCCAGGAUAUGGCGUCAGAGGAAAUGGAACAGUGGCAAUACCAAGGCAAACUGAGGAUAGAUUCUGAGGGUAGACGAUACUUCGAUGAGCCUGACUACAAAUCGGUAUAUGCGAAGCGAGGCGUAAUAUGAGAAGAAGAGUAGAUGUCUUAGGUGAAAGAAAAAUUGAUACGUUGUUCCUAAGGGAAAGGCCAUUUUCGAUGAUUACAUCUGAGCUGCUAACUUCAUGUGUGAUAUUAUGUAACAUGCCACCGCG